UUUCCUUUUAGAAUUUAGACCCGCCUUUUUAAUUCCGGUACUCGCGCAAAGGCGGGUGGCUAACCAAAUAAACUGCCAUGUUCACGCUCUUAUUGCGCGUGAACACCACGUUCACGUCAUCGGAUCUCGAUCCUCUGCAUUCCUCCAGGAUUUUGGCACAAAACAUGUUUUGGAGGGAACGAGAGGAGGAGAAGAAAGAGGUGAACGGUGGAACCGCCUGCGGGCAGGUCCGAGUGCUUGUUGUUGGAGAUUCAGGAGUGGGGAAAACUUCUCUGGUACAUUUGAUUCUGAAAGGUUCUUCCAUUUAUAGUCCUUCUCAAACCAUUGGGUGUACAGUUAGUGUAAAGCACACAACUUAUGGGAAUUCUGGUAGCUCUUCAAAUAGCAUCAAAGGUGACGGUGAUAGGAAUUUCUUUGUUGAACUUUGGGAUGUGUCUGGACAUGAUCGGUACAAGGAUUGCAGGUCCCUCUUCUAUUCACAUAUCAAUGGUGUUAUUUUUGUUCACGAUCUAUCUCAGCGAAGGACAAAAACAAGCUUGCAGAAGUGGGCGGUAGAGAUAGCAGCAACUGGGACGUUUUCUGUCCCUUUAGGAUCUGGAGGUCCAGGUGGCCUACCUAUCCCUUACAUUGUGAUUGGCAAUAAAGCCGAUAUUGCUGCAAAAGAUGGCACAAGAGGAAGCAGUGGCAAUCUUGUUGAUGCUGCGCGCCAUUGGGUUGAGAAGCAGGGUUUGCUUCCAUCAAGUGAGGAACUUCCAUUGACUGAGAGUUUUCCUGGCAGUGGAGGCCUUGUAGCGGCUGCCAAAGGGGCAAGAUAUGACAAAGAAGCUGUGAUGAAAUUUUUUCGAAUGUUGAUCAGGAGGAGAUAUUUUUCAGAUGACUUACCUGCACCAAAUUCAUGGUCUACCCCAGGUCAAAGACUAUUGCAGCGAUCAAGUGAUAAUUUUAGCAAUGAAGAUCAAGUGUACAAGAGUACAAGUUUAACUGGCGAUCCGUAUGAGUACAAUGUUCUUCCUCCUCUCCCUGCUCAAUGCAAUCUCACGCCACCUCCCACGCUUUAUCCACAGCGACCAAUGUUAACACCUGAGGACAAUAACAUUCCAAGAUUUGCAUUGGCAGUCUCCCAGGAGAUUGGAAGCGCCAGAUCUUAGCGUUCUAAUAUUAAUGUCUAAAGAUUUUCAUCAUUCUUAUUGCUGGAAACAAGAGUCCUUUCUCCUCAUAGCGAGGUAAACGGCAUCUCUCGCAGAGCAACUACUGCUGUACCUUUUAUACUCAUAUUUCUCUAUUCAGGACAUAUCUCUUGAAAAACUGGCAAUCGCCUCAUCUUUCUCAGACCAUAUAGAACACUUUCUAUGUGUUGAUCAACAAUGUCUCCAAACUUUUCAUGCAUUGUCUUCUUACCGUGUUGUAAUGUUUCUGCAUUAGAUGGGGCGGCUGCAUUCACGGUUAGAGAGGGUGGAAGUGGGAUUAUCCCUUCCAUGACCGGCGACCAAGUUUCCUCUCUCCUCUCUGUUGCUCGUGGUGGCCUGGAUUCUGUGCGGUUGCUUUGGCCGCUCUUGCUUUGUUUGGUUCUUUUUGCCAUUGUUGUGCCCUUCUGCGGCAUGGACAUCCUUUUGUGCUUUUAAGAGAUUAAUCUGUUCAUCCAACCACAGAGUAAAUACUAAUCCAACUGAGUAAGACUUGUAACCUUUUUUUUUUUUUUCCCUGCAAUACUAAUUCAAAAGGUUGUAUUCCCUCUUUAAUACAAAGUUGUUGCAAUUGGUUAA